AUGCUUGAUCCCAAUGCUCUCUCAAUCGCAAAACCCCAAGAUGCAAUGACGAAACAACCUGUCAACAGAAAGGGCAGCAAUGGUCAUCAACAAGGCAACAAUGGCAUUCCUGAAUUCGUAAAGAAAUUGUUUUGCAUGCUUGAAGAAUGCAUAUACCCACACAUUUUCUCUUGGAGCACAAAGGGCGAUACGUUUGUUGUCAAGGAUCCAAGUGAAUUCGCCAAAGUGAUUCUACCCAGUCAUUUCAAGCACUCCAACUUUUCAAGCUUUGUGCGGCAGCUCAAUAAGUAUGAUUUUCAUAAGGUUCGCAACCCAGAUGAUCGACGACGCCGCAUGUAUGGUGACCAGGCUUGGGAAUUCCAACAUCCGAAUUUCAAGUACAACCGAAGAGACCUCCUGGAAGGAAUCAAGAGGAAGGCAACUGGCAAAGCAGCAGCAGCACGUAGCACAGCAGCAUCAGCGGCAGGGACUAGUACCAAUGACGGGGCUGAUAGUACUGGGACAUCUGAUUCAGGUCAAUCUACGAGAAACGAGCUCAAGGCGUUGAUUACCCAGUUACAGGAUCAAAUUCAACAAUUGCAGCAUACACAAUCAGAAAUGGCCUCGCAAAUCCAUGCAUGUGAUAGCAGAUCCAAUGCAGUGCUGGAUGCAAUCAGUCGGUGUCGCGGCAACAUGGUAUCCCAAGAAGGUUUAAUGCGAGAUAUCAUGCACCACGUGGCAGCCACAACAACCAAUGUCGAGCAACAUGAUACGACGCAGAAUGACAACAAGAGCAAUAGCAACAAUGGGCUAUCGGUGGAUGUCCAGAAGCUUUUGGAGACGUAUAACUCUGUUUCACAGGCAAAUGAAGAACAAAUGAAUCGGAUAUCCAAACUUUUGGAGCAGCGGGCCGACACAAACAGCCACAUUCAGUCAUGGCAACCACCACCGCCCAUGCCAACGCCCAAUAGCAACAAUCCUACCACCAUGGUGACUUCAACAACAACCAUGAUGAAUACACCCUAUGCAUCUCAACCUUAUAAUCACUUAUCAACGAUUCCACCUUCAAUGCCAUUCAAAUUCACCAUGGCAGCAGCGUCCUCUAGUGCAUUACGGCGAAAAUCCAAUAUCCCAGGCUGGUCAACACCUCCUCAUGUGCUAUUGGUGGAUGAUGACAUGAUCUUUCGUCGACUUUCCACAAAGCUUCUACAAGUAGCAGGCUGUACCAUUGAUGUGGCAUCCGAUGGUUUAGAAGCAAUCACCAAACUUGGUUCACGUUCCUAUGACAUUGUGCUCAUGGAUAUCAUGAUGCCCAAAUUGGAUGGCAUUUCAGCUACACGAAACAUUCGCCAAUACGACACAUGGACGCCCAUCAUUUCCAUGACAUCGAAUACCACGGAUCGUGAUGUGCAAGAGUACAUUCUAAGCGGCAUGACAGACGUAUUACCUAAGCCUUUGGACAGCGGGACAUUACGCAAGUUAUUGGAACGUUAUUGUGCUCAUCUUAAAGCCGUGAGACAAGGUUACUUGAACAACGCCAUUGAUGCUGCUAUGACGCCCAAGAUUACCGAAGCCGUGGAUGAGAGAGAAAACAAUAAGCGUAAAGAGCCAACCGUCAGCUCCACACCAGCAUCAGCCAUCAUGCAUCAUCAGCAUCAACAUCAACAACAACCUUCAUUCCAACGACAACUUGACAACAUGAUGACCAAUCCUCCUGUCAUUAUAUCCACCACAUCUUUUAUGAACGCUAUGCAACAACAACAACAUCUUCAUCAUCAACCCCACAUGCAUCAUCCAUCAUCCUCAGUAGUAGCCGAACCACAAGAUAAUCGAUGGGAAGCUUAUGUCAAUACGAGCCCUCAUGAAGGGGAACAGCCAUGGAAAAAACAAAAACUCUCUGCAUCCAAUACUGUAUCUGAAUAG